CCUCCCAAAAAAAUCGACUUGUCUGUCUCCUUAUCCAAACCAUCCACCUCUCACUCUCAGAAUCCUCAAAGAAACACACUUCCAAACCUCCAUAAAAUCCGAACACCACACUUAACUGAACUGAUUUGCUGUCUUCUCAUGGCUCUGCUUCGCCUUCCCCACCAAUCUUCUCUCGUCUCUCCCCAACCUAAACUGAUUUCUCAGUCCAACUUUAACUCAAUAAAAAACGUCUCUUCAACCUGUGUACCCCCUCCAUUUUCUCCUCUUACUAAUACCCUUCCCUUGAUAGCUAAAAGAUUUAGCGGUAAUUUCGUCCUCCAUUUUUCUGCCACCACCCAAGACCCAGCUCUACAACUAAACGAAGAAGAACAACAAGAAGAAGAGUUCUCGAAAACUAGAUUGAUUGCCCAGAACGUGCCUUGGACUUGUACCACGGAAGACAUUCGUUCUUUGUUCGAAAAAUACGGCACAGUCGUAGAUGUUGAGCUUUCUAUGCAUAACAAGACCAGAAAUAGGGGUUUGGCAUUUGUAUCUAUGGCUUCGCCUGAAGAGGCACUUGCGGCUCUCAACAAUCUCGAAUCAUAUGAAUUUGAGGGUCGUACUUUAAGGCUCAAUUAUGCUAAACCUAAGAAGAAGAGACCUUCUCCACCUGAGAAGCCGAAGCCGGUGCCAGCAUUUAACUUGUUUGUGGCAAAUCUUUCAUAUGAAGCAAGAGCUAAACAUCUUAAAGAGCUUUUCAGUUCUGAGGGUGCUAAUGUUGUUUCUGCUGAAGUUAUAUUUAACGAUAAUCCAAGAAAGUCAUCCGGGUAUGGCUUUGUCUCAUUCAAAUCCAAGAAAGAGGCUGAUGCAGUGAUGUCUGCUUUCCAAGGGAAGAUGUUUAUGGGAAGACCAGUUCGGGUGGCACGUAGUAGACAAUUUGUGAAAGUUCAAUCAGAUGACAGUUCACAGCCUGAUGAUAAAUCAAAUGAGCUGAACUCUGAUUUGGAGCAAGCAGACACUGAGGAAAGUUAAAUUGAUUAUGUACAGAGCAAUGGGAUUGCGUCAUUUGUAUGUAAGGUUCUUAAAAAAGGGGAUAUAGCUGUACAUCAGUACGUGAAUGUUUCAGUCCUUUGAGCUCUGUGUUAAUUUUUGGGGGGUCCUUUGAGCUCUGUUCAUGCAAAACAAGUACUAGUUGGGGGAUUGGCUCUUUUAUAGGCUCAAUCAAUCUUCCUUUCUAUUCUCAUAUAACAACUGCUGUUACAUAGAUUCACCGUGAGCCUGUUUAGGCCUUGUUAAGAUAAUCUUAGGAUUUAACAAUGGAUUCAAAAAUGCAGUGAAAUUAAGAGCAAGGACUA